GCGAUAUUGGCAGCUUGACUACGAGACAGGUUCCCAUGGAUUCUGAGCUGUUGUGUAACAGAGACGACUGCUUGAAUGGUUGACAACGUCAUCGCACAGUGCCCAGGAUUUCGGAUCCAGCCCCGAAAAUGACGUCGCAACCGGAGAAAAAGGAAGUUUUAUAGUCAGCUGCGAAGAGAGGGAGGAGGACAGGUCGAGACCCCUCGACGAGCUUUCUUACCGUUUUCUUCUGCUGACUUCCUGAUGGCACGGCAUGAUGAGGUGCUUUGCUGUCAACCUUGUUGCUCGAGCCGGAUGCAGGAAAGUGGCAAUCGCUGGGAUUUCAUUUGGUUGUUGUGCACCCCAUCAGCUUCCCGAUUCAAGCAAUAUCAAUGUCGAUCUUCCGUAUAGCCUUGAGAGGGUGUCGCUGGCGGCAGACACCUUGCCCGCGCCCAUCUCAGUGCUGUAUGCUGUACACCAUAACCGGCGACUGAUUAGCCGUCGGGAAAUGUCUCGACUGCGACCGCCAGUGCAGUUAGACAGCAGGAAAAACAGGGACAAGAGCUCAAAUAACACGCUGAACAUCCCUCUGGCUCAAGAAACAGCUACUCUCGGACCGGCGAAUGGGCCCUUUAGCUUGAUUGGGAGCCAAGGCUGGGACCGUCUCCAGUCUUUUAACCUCUAGUAAGCGAUAAACGUGCCUGUACCGGUGUAAGCUGGUCAAGACAGGUGGCAGGUUGGCGGACGGAGUUGCAGUGGGACAGGGACCACUGUUGUCAACCAGGUGGCACAAUAUGGCACGUAAGAGCAAGUAUAAUAAUAAUAAGCCCAACUCUUUCAGUGUCUUCUCGACACCCGUUCCUGAAGGUCAUAUAUAAUAAUGAAUGUAGGCGUGUACUUGGCCAGCCAGAGCAGAUAUUUAUCAAACUUCUUGUUCCAGCUUGUUCCACGGUGCACACUGAUGGCUUUGGUCUGGUGCGUGCGAGGAUAAAAGAG